AUGGAGCAGCCUAUCAGAGUCACGUUCCUGGGCCCUAUAGCCUCCUUCUCCCAUCAGGCUGCUGUUGAAACCUUUGGAUCCUCGGCCGAUCUGCUACCGUGCGUGUCGUUCGCGGAUGCUUUUGCCGCGGUGCAGGAUGAGAAAGCAGACUACGCCAUCAUCCCUUGCGAAAACUCUACUAAUGGAUCUGUCGUCCAGACGCUAGACCUUCUAGCAGAUCCCAAUGGUCUUUAUGGCAAUGUGAAAGUGUGCGGGGAGCAUUAUUUGACCAUUCAUCACUGUCUGUUGACUCGCAAAGGUGACUUUCUACCAGACCAGCAGGACUAUAACUCUAUCAGCAGACUGUACACCCAUCCGCAGGCUUGGGGUCAGUGCGAUGUCUUUCUUGAGAAAAAUCUUAAAGGUGUCGAACGACAGGAUGUGUCGUCCACUUCUAAAGGGGCGGAAAUUGUCUCGAAAGACAGAAGUGAGCCGACUGCUGCCAUAGCCAGUCGCUUUGCCGCAGAAUAUCAUGGUCUCGAAAUUCUUGCAGAAAACAUCGAGGAUAAUGCAAACAACACCACACGCUUCCUGGUGCUUAUGAAUGCACAUGCCGAUCGCCCCGCUGCUGUGGAUUUCGAGCAUAUCAAAGCCUCUGGGACGCCUGGUGGAACGGCACAGAAGAAGACAUUGAUUUCGUUUAUGGUGCCCCAGGACCGCGCAGGCGCUUUGGCAGAUGCUCUUCUGAUAUUCAAGACCCAUGGCAUGAAUUUGACAAGCAUCAAUUCACGACCUAGCCAGGUCAAGGCGUGGAAAUAUAUGUUUCUGGUUGAAGGACACUUGACCCCUACUAGUCUGAACGCGGACGCAGUCUCAGGAAUAGUACAUGGAUUAAAACAAGUCACCGAAUACUGCCGAUACCUGGGCACCUGGACAGACCAGCUUGUACCAAGCUUCGAAGAUGAAGCAGUAUAG